AUGGCCCGAUGGAUCCAUCACUACACUUGUAAAACUGCAGUGUGUCGCUGUGAGAACGGCGGCACAUGUGAUCCCGUGACUGGCAACCGCACGUGUCCACCAAGUGUGUCCGGAGAAUUUUGUGAAGACGGCUGCCCUGCAGCUCCGCAGACCGGAGUCAAUAUUAUACUCGAGCACACAACCAUGAUGAUGAUCGUAACCUUUACUUCCCAGAGUGGGGUGUGCGAGUGUAAAGCAGGAUAUGUUGGCAUUGACUGCUCCAAAGAGUGCCCAGAGGGAAAGUGGGGCGCCGGGUGUCUGCAUGAGUGCCAGUGUGCCAAUGGAGCCACGUGUCAUCCCGCUACGGGCGUCUGUGGCCUAGACUGUCCCCCAGGAUUCAUGGGAACCGAAUGCAACACACCGUGUCCGGCUGGUCACUAUGGACCGGGGUGUAUGAAGGCGUGUAUGUGCGGCCUGCGACCCUGCGACCCAAGCACAAGCGUGUGUCUCUGUCCGGCGGGGAACAAGGGACCAAACUGCAAUCAAGCGUGUUCUGAGGGACAGUGGGGACAAAGCUGCUUGAGGAAGUGCGAAUGCCAAAACGGUGCUACGUGCAACUCUGUGACUGGAGAAUGCCACUGUCAGCCAGGAUAUGUGGGCCCUACGUGUGAGGCAACGUUCCCCGCCGGCAGGUAUGGUGUCAACUGUAGUGGAAUAUGUGGGUGCCUCAAUGGUGCCUCCUGCGACCACAGGACUGGCCGGUGCCAGUGCCUACCGGGAUUCACGGGUCUUAGCUGCGGUCAGCCCUGUCCCCUGGGACGAUUCGGUCAGGACUGUGUACAAGUAUGUGACUGCAACGACGGUGGUGGGUGUGACAAGGUGACCGGGGAGUGCACAUGUGCGCCGGGGUGGCGAGGGUCUCAGUGCAAACUCAAAUGCGAGGAGGGUCGCUAUGGAGCAGGUUGUGCCAUGAACUGUAGCUGUGCCAAUGGAGGCGAAUGUGACCACAUUUCAGGCGCCUGCAUGUGUCGUCCAGGCAAGCUAACUACUGUACACUGGAAAACACACACACACACACAAUCAAUGCCGUGCUCAGACAGGUUUUGGAGCAUAGAGUGUCGGUACCAGUGUGACUGUGAUGUUGGCGCGACCUGUGACCCCGCCACGGGAGUGUGCUCGUGUCCGCCUGGCAAACGCGGCCAUCACUGUUCCAACAGAACCCCGGGCUACACCGGUGCCACGUGUCAAGAGAGGUGUCCUACGGGAACCUUUGGAAGUGGAUGUCAACAUACCUGUUUGUGUCAGCACGGUACCAACUGUCAGCACGACACCGGGGCGUGUGUGUGUCCCCCCGGGUACACAGGCACACACUGCCAGCGAGAAUGCGGGCCGGAUAGUUACGGUGCAGGGUGUGUCUUCAAGUGCGAGUGUCGGCACGGAGGUGAAUGUGAUCCUGAGAGUGGGGUGUGCAAGUGUGCCCCAGGAUGGCGGGGACCACAGUGCCAGAAAUCCUGUCCUAAAGGGAAGUGGGGAGCGGGAUGUGAACGCGUAUGCGACUGUGAGCAAGAAGCAAGUUGCCAUGCGAUCACAGGCCAGUGCCAGUGUCCUCCAGGCUUCAUUGGUGACAGGUGUCAGUUCAUCUGCGCUCUGGGUCAGUACGGGGAAAGCUGCAGCAAGGAGUGCCGCUGUGGGCCGUCUCAGCCGUGUGACCACGUGAGCGGGGAGUGUUCGUGUCGGCCAGGUCGCGAGGGACAGCAGUGCCACCAGUACUGUGCCGAGGGGCGGUGGGGCGAAGGAUGUCGCCAGCAGUGCAAAUGUGCAGGAUCAUCCCUGUGCGACCCGAUGAGUGGGGAGUGUUUCUGUCCCGCGGGACUCAAGGGCAGGAAGUGCCGCAGGGAAUGUCCGAGGGGCAGGUACGGCGUCGACUGUAAGCAGUGUAAAAAUGGUGGGACGUGUGACCGCGUGACUGGCCAGUGUGAGUGUCGCGACAACUACUACGGCGCCACCUGCUCCCUCACUUGUCCCUCCGCCACUUACGGGCCAGGAUGUAAUCAGACGUGCGAAUGUGAGCAUGGCGGGGUGUGUGAUGCGACAGGGGCGUGCAACUGCCCAGCAGGGUACAGUGGCACGCUUUGCGAGAUCUCCUGCCAGCCCGGUACUUGGGGCCACCGCUGCAGCUCUCAGUGUCGCUGUAAAAACGACGCUGUCUGCCAUCCAGCUACUGGAGAAUGCCAGUGUGGGCUGGGAUGGACAGGACCAUUCUGCGACCAGGCGUCCGAUCCAGGCAUGUAUGGACCUGACUGCCGCAUGGACUGUGCCUGUCACCACAAUGCUUCUUGCGACCGCUUCUCUGGCUGCUGCGAGUGUGGUCCCGGCAGAUACGGGCGUUAUUGCGAGUUAGUGUCCGGCAGGGUUCUAUGGGGCGUAUUGCACUAGUGUGUGUGACUGCCGCAACGGUGCCACGUGUGACCCUAAGACUGGCCAGUGCCGCUGUCCCCCGGGUUUUAUGGGUGACACUUGUGGAGAAAUGUGUCCACAAGAAAUGCCACUGUGGUCUCUACCCGUGCCACCGGGAAACCGGAGUAUGCCAGUGUCCGCCGGGCAGGACGGGACCAAAUUGUGCCAUGC